AAGUUGAGAUUUUUUCAAUAACAAGCAACGGUCACACCAUUCCGUCCAAAUCAACAAAAGCUACGAAUUCCGGCUAUUUAACCCGUGAAAUCGGGAAGACUAGCGCCGCAUGAGGAAGAUCCAACUGGCAGACUACAGCAGGCAUCCAAGCGAACCGGAAGCAGAGCCAACAUGGGACCGCAGCAGCUGAAACGCGCCUUCCUGGGCUUCGACCUGAGUACCCAAAAGCUCAAAGCCAUCCUUCUUAACUCUUGUCUGGAGGUGGUAGCCUCGGCGGAAGUGAAAUUCGACAGCGAUUUGCCAGAGUUCCGGACCGUGGGUGGAGCCAAUCCAGGACCCAACAAGAAUGAGUUCUUUGUGCAGCCCGUGAUGUGGGUAAAGGCAAUGGACAUUGUCCUGGAUCGCCUGGUGAUGCAGGAAGCUGACCUGAGCACCGUGGCGGCCAUCAGUGGCUCUGGACAGCAGCAUGGAUCCUUAUACUGGUCCAAGCACGGUAUUGCCGCGCUGGAGAACCUUGAUCCCGACAAGUUCCUGCACUCACAAAUUGACGACUCCGCCUUUGUCGUGAACCGUACUCCCAUUUGGAUGGACGCCUCUACCACGAAACAGUGCGUGGAAAUGGAGACGGCCAUUGGGGGCCACCUCGAUAUGGUGGAGCUGACGGGCUCCAAAUGCUACGAGCGUUUCACGGGUCCGCAGAUCCGGAAGAUUUACCAGCAACGCACGCACGCCUACGAGGACGCCCAACGAAUCUCACUGGUCAGCAGCUUCCUGGCCUCGCUCUUUCUCGGCGCCGUGGCUCCCAUUGACUUUAGCGAUGGCUCCGGAAUGAAUCUGCUGGACAUCCGCCAGAAAAACUGGUCGAAGGCCUGCCUGAAUGCCUGUGCCCCUGAUCUGGAAGAACGUCUGGGUCAAGCUGUCAGUCCCAAUGCGAUUGUGGGCUCCGUUUCCGAGUACUUUGUGAAGCGCUUCAGCUUCCCGGCUGAUUGCAAAGUAGUGGCCUGCACGGGUGACAAUCCCUCGGCUUUGGCUGGCAUGCUGGUGGAUAGCAAUUGGCUAAGCAUUUCUCUUGGAACCAGCGACACGCUAAUGAUGAGCAUGAAGGAACCCCUCAACUGGGAGGAGGGCCAUGUGCUAUGCCACCCAACCGAGACAGAUGAAUACAUGGGACUGCUAUGUUUUAGAAAUGGGUCUUUGGUCCGCGAGGAAGUUAACAAGACGGAGGCCGGCGGAGAUUGGCAAAAAUUCAACGAACUUCUCGAGUCCACGCCACGUGGAAACUUUGGCAACAUGGCCGUUCACUUUAACGAAAUGGAAAUUAUUCCCAAGGCAAAGGGCACACUGCGUUGGAAUAAGGAUAGCAUGCCCCACCCAGCGGACGCCGCCAAGGGCGUUAUCAAAUUCAGCUCACCUGAAAUUGAAAUUCGUGCCUUAAUUGAGGGCCAGAUGUUGCACCAUCGCGCAGUUGCCGAAGACAUGGGCUUCCAUUUUGGAAACGAGACUCAAAUCCUUGCCACUGGCGGGGCAUCUGUCAAUAAAUCAAUCCUUCAAACCAUCGCCGAUGUGUUUAAUGCCCCCGUCCAUAUCCAGACUGAGAGUGAGGCCGCCCUGAUGGGAGCUGCCUUUAGAGCCGCCUAUGUUCUCUACAGAAACGAACUGAGUGAGGGGACUACCCCGCUUAGUUACAAGGACUACGUCCUGAGUCUGACGCCCAACAAGCUGCAGCUCGUCUGUGAGCCACACAAGGACAGUGCAGACAUCUAUGCUCACAUGCUGCUGCGAUAUCGCGAUAUGGCGCGAACUCUGGCCUAGACGCGACAUUCCGUUUUGUACUACUCCACUGCAUUCCUACAAUGUACACUCCAAUUUUUAAUGCCACCUGAAAUUGAGAAAAAAGAAAACUUAAGUGCAAUUAACUUAAUUCUGUGAUUGACGAUUUAUUACAAAUUUAUGCGAAAACCCAUAUACAAAUAAAUGUCUACAUAUGGAGCAUUCCUAA